GUUUGGAGGUGGAUUGUGGCAACAUUUAAAACAUCAAAUACUUGCGGACUAUAGAUCGCCUGUCUGAAAUGGAGCAGAGGCUGAAUAAAAUGAGUUUGGAACAGGAAAUUCUCACCAGGAAACUGAGCGAGAAAUUGGCCGAAUGUGACGAAACUGAAAAGAAAGAUAAGCGUUGUAAGGACGGGUGGACGAGGUUUAAGGAAUCGUGCUACAAGUUCGGGGACAGUGACCUGACAUUCGACAGCGCACAGGAAUACUGCAAAAAUAUCGGCGCUUCCCUAGUUCACAUUGACACGACAGAAGAAAACGUGUUCCUACGAGGGUUGCUGCGGACAUUGAAAAGUCCUAAACACUGGAUUGGUAUGACAGACGAGGCUAAAGAGGGCAAUUGGACAUACCUGGACGGGAAGACUGUGUCCUUUACCGACUGGGGAACGUACCAACCCAACAACGGCCGGGUUUCCAACUGUGGUGCUUUUUGGGAGAGUUUCGGUUACUUGUGGGUUGAUAAGCCUUGCACAAACACGUUCAAACCCAUCUGCGAGAUGUAAUUCACGUGGAGGUUACCAGCAGUUUGGUCAAAUGAUUAAUCUGACUAACGUUGUAAUCCUUUGGUGAUAUACUCAACCAAAAUGCUUCUAAUAUUACAUUUAAAUAUCAAAUGGAAAUUUAGAAUAUUAAUUGUAUACUGUUCAUCAUCGUUUACAUAAACAAUACACCACGUAUAACAUUGUGUGUACAGAC